AUGGGCCUUGAACCUCCAGUGUCCUCUGGUCAGGGCUCCCACAUCACUGAAGUGCCACACUGGCCGAACUUGCAAAUCUGCCCUCUGGAACUUGACAAGCACUCCUCCUCUAAAGCACCUGGGAAAGCCGUUUCUGACGGAUGCACCGAUUGGUCUAUCGACAUCAAGAAAUAUCAAGUUUUGGUCGGAGAACCUGUUCGAAUCAAGUGUGCACUCUUUUAUGGUUAUAUCAGAGCAAAUUACUCCCUAGCCCAAAGCGCUGGACUCAGUUUGAUGUGGUAUAAAAGCUCUGGUCCUGGAGACUUUGAAGAGCCAAUAGCCUUUGAUGGAAGUAGAAUGAGCAAGGAAGAAGACUCCAUUUGGUUCCGGCCAACGUUACUCCAGGACAGUGGUCUUUAUGCCUGUGUCAUCAGAAACUCCACCUAUUGUAUGAAAGUAUCCAUCUCACUUACCGUGGGCGAAAAUGACACUGGACUCUGCUAUAAUUCCAAGAUGAAGUACUUUGAUAAAGCUGAACUUAGCAAAAGCAAGGAAAUUUCAUGCCGUGACAUAGAAGAUUUUUUACUACCAGCCAGAGAACCUGAAAUCCUAUGGUAUAAGGAAUGUAGGACAAAAGCAUGGAGGCCAAGUAUUGUAUUCAAAAGAGAUACUCUGCUCAUAAGAGAAGUCAGAGAAGAUGACAUUGGAAACUACACAUGUGAAUUAAAAUAUGGAGGCUUUGUCGUGAGAAGAACCACUGAAUUAACUGUUACAGCUCCUCUGACUGAUAAGCCACCCAAGCUUUUGUAUCCUAUGGAAAGUAAACUGACCAUUCAGGAGGCUCAGCUGGGAGACUCAGCUAAUCUAACCUGCAGAGCUUUCUUUGGGUACAGUGGAGAUGUCAGUCCUUUAAUUUAUUGGAUGAAAGGAGAAAAAUUUAUUGAAGAUCUGGAUGAACAUCGAGUUUGGGAAAGUGACAUUAGAAUUCUCAAGGAGCAUCUUGGGGAACAGGAAGUUUCCAUCUCAUUAAUUGUGGAUUCUGUACAAGAAGGUGACUUGGGAAAUUACUCUUGUUAUGUUGAAAAUGGAAAUGGACGUCGGCAUGCCAGCAUUCUCCUUCACAAACGGGAGCUGAUGUACACAGUUGAACUUGCUGGAGGGCUAGGUGCUAUCCUUUUGCUGCUUGUUUGUUUGGUGACCAUCUACAAGUGUUACAAAAUAGAAAUCAUGCUCUUCUACAGGAAUCAUUUUGGGGCUGAGGAUCUGGAUGGAGACAAUAAAGAUUAUGACGCAUACUUGUCCUACACCAAAGUGGAUCCUGACCAGUGGAAUCAAGAGACGGGGGAAGAAGAGCGCUUCGCUCUUGAAAUCUUACCUGACAUGCUUGAGAAGCACUAUGGAUAUAAGUUGUUUAUACCAGACAGAGAUUUAAUUCCAACUGGAACAUACAUUGAAGAUGUAGCAAGAUGUGUAGAUCAAAGCAAGCGGCUGAUUAUUGUUAUGACCCCAAAUUACGUAGUCAGAAGGGGCUGGAGCAUCUUUGAGCUGGAGACCAGACUUCGAAACAUGCUUGUGACUGGAGAAAUUAAAGUGAUACUAAUUGAAUGCAGUGAACUGCGAGGAAUUAUGAACUACCAGGAGGUGGAGGCCCUCAAGCACACCAUCAAGCUCCUGACGGUUAUUAAGUGGCAUGGACCAAAAUGCAACAAGUUGAACUCUAAGUUCUGGAAACGUUUACAAUAUGAAAUGCCUUUUAAGAGGAUAGAACCCAUUACACAUGAGCAGGCUUUAGAUGUUAGCGAGCAGGGGCCUUUCGGGGAGCUGCAGACUGUCUCGGCCAUUUCCAUGGCUGCAGCCACCUCCACAGCUCUAGCCACUGCCCAUCCAGAUCUCCGUUCCAAUUUUCACAACACGUACCAUUCACAAAUGCGCCAGAAACACUACUACCGAAGCUAUGAGUAUGAUGUACCUCCUACUGGCACCCUGCCUCUUACCUCCAUAGGAAAUCAGCAUACCUAUUGCAACAUCCCUAUGACACUCAUCAAUGGGCAGCGGCCACAGACAAAAUCCAGCAGGGAGCAGAAUCCAGACGAGGCCCACACAAACAGUGCCAUCCUGCCACUGUUGCCAAGGGAGACCAGUAUAUCCAGUGUGAUUUGGUGACAGAAAAGCAAGGGACAUCCUGUCCCUGGGAGCUUGAGUAGAGUCUGCAGUCCAGUGCCUGGAACUAAAUCCUCGACUGCUGCUGUUAAAAACAUGCAUUACAAUCUCUAGAACACGAGGAAAAACAGGGUCUUGUACAUAUGUUUUUUGCAGUUUCUUUGUAGCAUCAAUGUCUUGUUGUUUUACCACCUCUCUUACUCAUUACAUUUUUGACUUUGUUUUAUAUGUCACUGGAAUUUGUAAAUUUACAUUUUUUUAAAGAAGAGACUUAUGUGUAGAUAGAAAACCCUUUUUUGCUUCAUGAGUUUAGUUUUAGAAGGGGUUUCAUUUCCUUUUCUUGAUUUUGUUUUGCUUUUAACAUUUCCUUGGGGUGCUUGGACAAAUCCAUCUGAUGGGACAAGGAGCACCGGAUCCUCUCUUGGGUUCUACCUAGGAUCAGCAGGGCCAUGUGGGCCUUCAGAGAGCAGUGCACCAACUGCCAGCAUUGCCAUUUGAGGGGAGACAAAGAAGCGAACACUUGCUCAUAGGAUGGCCCCGCCAAUCAGAGCCCUCAAUCUUUUCCUUGUCCCACCUCAUUUCCCACCUCUGCCCUUCUAAUGGCGGCAUGAUGUGUAAAUUCUGAGGAAGGGUGGGGGUGGGUCUAACUGUCUUAACAUUUAAUUCACUGCUGGUCAGAAUACACUCCAGACCCAAAAGUGUGCUAGUCACUUAACAGUGACCACAACAGCGUGCUAAGAAGAGAAGAUCAAGGGCAUGAAUAUGGGGGAAAGAGUGUUGUUUCCGUUUUUUAAAUGAGUUGAUGUACCCUUAUAUAAAUAUAUAAAUAUAUAUAAAUAUACAACAAAACAAACAAAAAAACAAAAACAAAAAACAAAAAAACAAAA